GGGAAAAUAAAUCAAAUGGCAACUGCAGCGGAUUCGUAUAGAUUAAAAUUGUUGCGGGAAGUGGCAGGAACUAGAGUAUACGAUGAGAGAAAAGAAGAAUCUCUCAAUAUAUUGAGAGAAACUGAAGGCAAAUUGGAAAAAAUUUCCGAGUACCUUAAGACAAUUGAAGACCGCCUAAAAACACUUGAGGAAGAGAAGGAAGAGCUAAAAGAAUAUCAGAAAUGGGAUAAAGCACGCCGAAUUUUGGAGUACAUAAUACAUGAAACCGAAUUAAAAGAAACUAAGAAGGCAUUGGAUGAAAUACAGCAACAACGGAAAUCAUCAGUCGAUAAAAAGAAAAUGUAUAAUACGGAAAUUCAAAAGGCUCAAGAAAAAAUUAAAGAUAUUCAAAAAAAUCUAAAAGAAGCAAAAAAGAAUGUAGUAAGUGCAAAGGAGGAGAGAUCCAUUCUUUUAACAGAGCAGCAACAAUUAUUGCGAGAAAAGACAAAGUUAGACUUAACUAUUAUCGAUCUCAAUGAUGAAGUGCAAGGUGACAACAAAUCUAAAGAGCGUGCUGACCAAGAGUUGAAAAAAUUGAAGGUUACAAUCAGUGAAAAAGAAAGAGAGCUGGAAGAGGUAAAGCCAAAGUACGAAGCAAUGAAAAGAAAAGAAGAGGAGUGUUCACGCGAAUUGGCCCUUAAGGAACAGAAACGAAAAGAGCUUUAUGCUAAACAAGGGCGGGGAUCUCAGUUUUCAUCUCGGGAGGAACGCGACCGUUGGAUCCAGAACGAACUUAAAUCAAUUAGUAAACAAAUUAAGGACAAAAUAAACCAUCAUUCAAAACUGGUGGAAGAUCUUAAAAAAGACGCUAAUGCCGAAAGGGACUUAGGUAAGAAAAUAGAGGAACACACAACAGAAUUGGAACAGCUUAGAUUCCAAAUAGACGAACAUAACAAGAAGUAUUAUGAACUUAAAAAAACUAAAGAUCACUAUCAAGCUACCAGAAACGAAUUAUGGCGAAAGGAGACGCAAAUGACACAACAACUACAGUCGCAUAAAGAAGAACUAUCGAAAACUGAUCAAGCUCUUCGUAGCAUGGCUGGAAAGCCAAUUCUAAACGGUCGUGAUUCCGUAAGAAAAGUCCUAGACAACUUUUUAGAGAAAGGCGGGCAAUUCGCUGAUAUUGCCAAUGCGUAUUAUGGACCGGUUAUUGAAAAUUUUAGUUGCGAUAAAACUAUAUACACGGCCGUGGAAGUAACUGCCGGUAACAGGCUUUUUCAUCACAUUGUUGAAUCGGAUAAAGUUGGAACACAAAUUUUAAAAGAGAUGAACAAAUUGAAAUUGCCAGGAGAAGUAACAUUUAUGCCUUUAAAUAGAUUGCAAGUGAAAAAUCAUGAUUAUCCAGAUGAUCCGGAUUCUAUUCCAAUGAUAUCCAAACUAAAAUAUGACGAACAACAUGGAAAGGCGUUAUGCUAUAUAUUUGGAAAAACGUUAAUUUGCAGAAAUUUAGAAAGGGCGACUGAAUUGGCAAAAUCUACAGGGUUGGACUGCGUAACGUUGGAUGGUGAUCAAGUUUCUUCAAAAGGCUCUCUCACUGGUGGAUACUUUAACACCUCGCGUUCUCGCCUGGAAAUGCAGAAGAAACGAACAGAACUGACGGCUCAAAUUAAAGACUUUGAAAAAGAGCUUAACAAAAUUCGAAAUGAAUUAAAAAUGGUGGAAAACAACAUAAAUGCGGUUGUCUCUGAAAUGCAAAAAACGGAGACAAAACAGGGAAAGUCUAAAGAUAUAUUUGAAAAGGUCCAAGGAGAAAUACGAUUGAUGAAGGAAGAAUUGGUUCGAAUUGAAAAAUAUAGAACCCCAAAGGAACGAUCACUUGCUCAAUGUAAGGCCAGUUUGGAUGCCAUGAAUAGUACUAAGUCGGGAUUAGAAAUUGAAUUAAAUCAAGAACUAAUGUCUACACUAUCUGUCCACGAUCAGAAAGAAAUAGACCAACUGAAUGAUGAUAUAAGGAAAUUAAAUCAGGAAAAUAAGGAAGCGUUUACACAGAGAAUGCAACUCGAGGUCAUAAAAAAUAAACUUGAUAAUUUGUUAGUUAAUAACUUAUUUAGACGUAGAGAUGAGCUAAUACAAGCGUUGCAGGAAAUAUCCGUUGAAGAUAGGAAAAGAAAAUUGUUAAAUUGUAAAAAUGAGUUAUGUGCUGCGGAAAAGAGAAUAAAGAAGGUCAAUCAAGAUUUAGAAGACAUGGAGAAGAGGUAA